ACUGUUUCAGUGCUAUAAAAUAACAAAAAAAUUUAAAUACAAAACCUAAAAAUUCAAGUAAAAUGUAUGUGAAUAGUUGAAAACGCACACAGUCAAGUAUAAAUGUUGAUUUCCCGUCAUUCCAUUAGAGUUUAAUCAUGUCUGAUAACAACAACAUGAACUUAGACAAAAAUCUUGAGGAUUUCGAAAUCCAAGAGGUUCUCCGUAAUGGUACAGAUUUGCGAGAAUAUGCUCUUCAAAUCGACAAAGGAAUCAUCGAAGCUGAAAAAGCAUCUGUUGCGGAUUAUUUGAGAGAAAGUGAGAAUAUUGGCUCCCUUCAUAAUCAAAUCGAAGAAUGUGACAAUAUUUUAGGGAAAAUGGAGAGUAUGCUACUGGUGUUUCAGAAUGAUUUAGGAAGCAUCAGCAAUGAAAUUAUAAGUUUACAAAAGCGUUCAGUGAAUAUGUCAGUACAGUUAUCUAAUAGACAAGUGCUUAAGGGACCUUUAUCUGCAUUCAUAGAAGACAUGGCAGUGUCUGAAACUGUUAUAUUUGGUAUCAACAAUGUUCCAGUUACCGACAAAGAAUUUAUGGUGCAGUUGGCAAUUUUAAACCAAAAAUUAAAUUUUGUAAAGGAACAAGAUUUCAAAGAAACUAAAGCUUGUCAUGAUGUCAAAGACGUUUUGGAAAAAUUAAAGAUAAAAGCAGUGUCAAAGAUAAGAACAUACAUUUUAGAACAAAUAUAUAAAUUCAGAAAACCAAUGGCAAAUUAUCAAAUACCACAAAAUGCCAUGCUGAAAUACAAAUUUUUCUUUGAAUUUGUAUUGACCAAUGAACGAAAUGUGGCUCAAGAAAUUUGCAAUGAAUAUAUUGAUACAUUGAGCAAAGUUUAUUAUUCAUACUUCAAGUCAUAUGCAUCAAGACUAGAUAAAUUGAAAUAUGAAGAAGCACCCAACAAAGAUGACUUAAUGGGAAUAGAGGAUGGAUCUAAAGGAGGAUUCUUCCAGAAAUCUAAUUUAAAAAAUAAAAGUACAAUAUUCACUAUAGGGAAUAGAGGUGAUGUUCUGGCCCAACAACUAGAAGCACCCAUUAUUGUACCACAUGUUCAGCAAAAAACAAAGUAUUCAUAUGAAGCUUUAUUUAGAAGUCUUCAAUAUGCCUUGGUAGACAAUGGUUGCAGAGAAUAUCUGUUUACCACUGAAUUUUUCCAUGUCAAAGGAAACCAUGCACAAGAGCUCUUUGAUAGAAUCCUCGGUAAAACAUUGUCCGUGCUUGUAAAAAAUGUGGAAAACUAUGUAGUUGAAUGCUAUGAUUGUUUGGCACUAUUUCUUUGUAUCCAAUUAAUAAACAGAUAUAAGUUAAUGUGCCAUAAAAGAGCAGUUGCGGCUCUGGACAGUUACUGGGAAUCAUUAUACAACACUUUGUGGCCUCGGCUACAAUAUGUAUUAAAACUGAACAUUCAAAGCGUACGGGACUGCGACCCUUCUAAACUGUCAAACAAGGAAAUGGGACCGCAUUAUAUAACACGAAGGUACGCCGAAUUUUCGGCAGCUAUGCUGAGCCUCAGUGAACAAUUCCCGUCUGAAGAACUCAGUAAACUUCUGACUGUACUUCAGGAUGAAGUCCAUUGUUUUUUACUUAAAAUGGCUGCAGAGUUCCCUCAAAGAAUACAACAGCUUAUAUUUUUAAUUAAUAAUUACGACAUGGUCCUCAGCAUAUUAAUGGAAAGAACUAGAGACAACACAAAAGAAGCAGAAAGCUUCAGGGAACAAUUACAGGGAAGAAGUUCAGAAUAUGUAGAAGAGAUUCUCAGUCCACAUUUUGGUGGAAUGAUACAGUUUGUCAAGGAAUGUGAGCAAUUGCAAGAUGGUGAUAAAAAGGCAGAAUUAGCCGGAUUAGAAAGAAAAUCUCUAUCCCUUGUAGCAUCAUUCAGUUCGGGAUGGAAACAAAGUCUAGAAGAAAUACAUAGAGAAGUGCUAGUAUCGUUUCCAAAUCUAGUUACCGGGUCAGGUCUGUUGCAAAUGGCGUUAACGAAUUUCGUUCAAUAUUACCACAAAUUUGUAAAACUUUUAACGCCCAGUGCCCGUACUCAAUUAGUUAAUAUACAUGUGAUAAUGGUAGAAAUAAAAAAAUAUAAAACAAAUUUUUAGAAUCUUAGAUUUCAUUCCGACAUGAGAUCAUGUACAUACACAAAUACGUGAUGAUGAUGAUGAUCAUCAUCAUCAUCAUCUUCUUCUCUUACAUGUAGUUGUUUAUUUCCCAAAUGGACGCAUAAAAUCAAUCGAGUAUUUCAGCACAAUCAGUUUUAAUGAAAUAGUAUUGCAAUUCGAGCACUUGAAAUCAUGUAUAUGACCUCUAAUAUAUGUUUUAUUUGUGAACUCUGGAUUUUGUAGUAAAUAUAUGUUUAAUGUAUGUAUUACAUACCAUACAUAUUACAUACCAAACCUUAAUUAUUCCUCGAAUGUUUUCAACAUACUUGUCUCCGCGAUGGACAUCUAAACUACUGAACCGAUUUUAACUACCUUUUUUUUAAAUAUGUGUUUUGUUCCAGCUUAGGUCCUAUGAUGGUUUUUAUUUCGAUUAAUGCUCGCAAUA